AUGGAGGAGUAUGCUCACCUUGUGGGUGUACCAGUUUCUAAUAGAGUUACUUUUAGUGGGGUGGAAGGAAUUCUUGAAUCUGGGGUUACUGCCGAAGCCAUUCAUUUGAGAAAGUCUGACAUAAAUUCCAAUCUCACUGUCAAAGGAGAUAUCAGAGGGUUGACUUUGAAGUUUCUAUUGGAAAAAGACUUUUCUGUUGCCAAUGUUGAUAGUAUGAUGGCCUUUGAAACUAUUCUUUCCUUACUCAUUUAUGGGAAUCCGGUUCCAACUCUGCUCGACGAUACUUAUUUCUCCAUUCAUCGUAGGACUUAUAAAGGAGGUGGAACUAUAGCUUUUUGUGCGCCUUUACUAUACAAGUGGUUUAUUUUUCACUUGUCGCAGUCUCCUGUCUUCCAAGAAAACAAGGAUUAUUUGAGGUGGUCUCAAAGACUUAUGUCUCUCACGAAUGAUGACAUUACUUGGUACUCUUCUGUUUACGAAGACGUCGAGGGUAUUGGUAGUUAUGGGGAGUUCUCUAAUGUGACUCUUCUUGGUACACAAGGGGGAAUCAACUAUAAUCCGGCUCUGGCAAGACGUCAACUUGGGUUGGCUAUAAAGGACAAACCGAAUAACACUUUGUUAGAAGGUUUAUUUUUCCAAGAAGGGAAAGACACUCAAGGGUUAAAAGCUAGGGUGGUGCAUGCUAAGUUGGAUGAAGAAGAGAGCAAAGGAAUCAAGAUGCCAUACACUUAUGAAAGACCUAUGUCCUUAGUAAUGGCUAAAUCUCCCAAUAUUAAAGGCAUAGAGGAGUUGCAAGAGGCUUUGGUUAGGAUGAAGCAAGAGAGGGACGGUUGGGAAGACAAAUUUCACACCUCGCACCUUGAGAAGGCAGAAUUGCAGAAGCUGCUAAAGGAAAAAGGCAACUUGAUAGAAUUACUCGAGCAACAUGAUGUGAAGAGAUCUAGAGUCCAAGAUGAUUUAUUUUCCUCUAACAGUUCAUCAUCUACUCAUCUUACUACUUCCGGCGUUUGGAAAGGCAUUGUUGACCAACUCGUGGUAGAGAAGGAUACUAUGAAAAAUAACUACGAAAGAGAGAUCGAAAGGCUUUGCAAGAAGUGUCAACUUGGAGUUGGGUCGUCAUCGAACAUGAUUCCAUAG